AUGCCUCAAAUUAAACAGCCGAGGGACCUUCAAACUCGUUAUCCAAAGAACCCCGGUAAUGGACGAGUCCUUAAUAAUAGUAAUGUCGUCCACGCAACAUUAGACGCACGAGGUGAAAGGUUAAAAGUGGUGGUCAGAUUAAAUGAUGGUGUCGAGGUUGAUUUCCCGGUGCCAACUUCAAAGGAAAUUCGUGAUAGAUUUUUCUACAAAAAGGCCAAAUCUUCUGAUAAACCAGCCAGACCACCAAAUAAAUUCUUCAUUUUUCGUACAAUGUUUCAAGGUGCUGUUGACGCUUUUAAACUUCAAGUUCCCAUCGUCUCUGGGAUCGCUAGCGAAGUAUGGAAGAAAUCAAGUCCUGAAGUCAGAGAAGUUUUUACGAGGCUCUCACAAAUCGCCAAAACGGAACAUGGUGAAAUCAAUCCAGGUUAUGUUUACAAACCCCAUAGGAAACAGCUGAAAGAUGUGUCUUCCGCCGAUAAUGACGUGGACUCUACGCGAGAAAGGCCCGAUGGUGAAUCAACCACUUCUUCGCCCUGUCUCUCCUCAAGUACUCCAUCAUCACCAUGCACUCCUACUAUGCCAUUAUGGUCAGCUUCCUCGGAAAACGCUUUGUCUGCAUGUUCGGCAAAAAACAAUGAAUCUUAUAUUUCGUCCAAUUUAUCUUUGCAAUCAAUAUCUUCGAAUUUCCACUCCUCUAGUCCGCAUAAUGAUUCGUAUCCGGCGGCGUUGUAUCCGCAACACCAACUCACCAUCAAUCUCUCUUACGGCGAUCCUACCUACAUUCAUCACCAUCAUCAUCACCAAAUAAACGCGAUGCAUUUUAUCACUCAACCAGACUCGUAUCAAUAUUAUCAAUACCCGAUUGCACCAUAUCCCCUAGUAAAUUCAACGAACGACGAGACUCCAGUCAAUCAGCAAUCAUACAGUUCCUACAGAUCUCAAAAACUUAUUUCUUACGGAAGUAACAACGAAGGUGACUCGCAUCACCCGAUAACAUAUUACCCAUCUGUGGGUCAAGAUUCUCCUCCCCAUUUCGCCACGAACUUCACUGAUAUGAUCAACGAAGCGGCAUUGAUUUCAACGAGUGAAGGUGGCGACGAUAAAACUUUGUUGCAGGAUUCAACACAAACGUGUUCUCCAUCUGUCGUCAUCGGUGGUUAUGAUCGCAAUCACUCGCAAAGAAUUUUAUCUUCCAAACAUUCACUAUUAUGA